UUUGUUCGAUACGUGCAUAGCAUUGAAAGCAAAGGGCCUAACGGUGAUUUCCAUUGCCUGACACACAAGGAUUGGAUAGCAGAUAGGCUAAAGGCUGGUACUAGUGUGCUUCGCUGCAUUUACUGCGUACUACAAGUCGAUCCGGAUAGCCACACACUCCAUCUGACCCAUUAACACACAUUCCUUGAAGCCAGCAGUGUAUAACAUUUGCCGGGCAUACCUCUACCCUGCAUUGUUUUCUGCCUCGGUGUUUGUUCUGUCCCUGCAGGGGUGUAAUAGACUGUCACUCGCCUCAUCAUUUACGCCCAAUUGCCCCUAUCUCAUUAACGCUGCAUUGUUGUGCACCUGACCUGACGCCCCUCUUAGGUGAAGUGGACUGGUCCCAUGUGUACAUUUGACUUGCACUGCUAACUUGCAUGUGGCCUAAGCUAUCAUCUGGUCUGUGAACUCAGCGCUACAGAAUGACUGCCUACAAGUGGUAUAGGGCCACAGGGUGCAUACAAUGGAAAAGUGGGCAUCUGAGAACCUAGCGGACACAGUGGUACAAGUCGACGAGGAUAUUAGGGCGUCUGUGGGGUUGUGUCGGUCCCCCCACCCCUGCCCCCCACACAAGCCAAUGCACCAUAUCAGGUAGAGGUGUGAGGAGGCAAAUGCAGCAUCUACCUCCAGUCCGUGUAAUGGUCUCUCCUACCUGUUGUCAACUACCUCACCCCACAUUACCCAUCUACCAUGAGUGGCAGUAACAAGAGCUACCUCCCCUCGCAGAGGAUGAUGCCCGUUUACACCACCGUCAGCCCUCCACAGACAGAAAGGAACAGUGUACCGGAGUUCCCAUACGAUCCUGUGCCCAGCAAAACAUUGUCGUCGCUUUCCAAAUCUGCUUCAUACGGCCUGUCUUUGGAAGAAAAUUCUUCACAGUCCAAGUCGGCUGUUUUCGCUAUGGCUCCAGGGGAGUCUCCUAAGCAAGUAGCCUCAUAUUCGCGAGUGCAGGAAUUCCCCUAUGACCCACCUGACAAGAGCAAGCCCCCAGACUAUCCCUACGAUGAUCUACCCAAUGGUGGGAAGUCUGGGCAACCUUCUGCCGCUGCGUACAGUCGUGGUGAAGACAAGACCUCCCCACCCUCCUUAGCUUUAGCAUAUCCUCGCAUGCAGGACUUUCCAUACGGGUUAAGUGGUGUAGCUAUGCCUAGCUACAAUUACAGCAGUGAACUAUAUAGUUAUGUGUCAAACGGGUUUCCUCGAAAGUCGAGGAUGUGCAGCUAUUGUGGAAAAGUAUUCACUCGAUCCACAACUCGUCGUUAUCAUGAAAAGCGGUGCCCACUGUUGCGAGCUGCUGGUAGCUUGUUAAAGAACGAAACUCAAGUAGCAGCAGCAGCAGCAGCAGCAGUGAAGACCGAAACCUCUCCGUCUUACGCUUCAGCAAAUACCUCGCACACUACCGUCUCCUCAAGUCAACAUACCUCAUUUGCACUGGCUUCUUUAUCCUCCCAGCCAUAUGCAUCUACCUCAACUGCUGCUGUGGACCAAAAUCGAAAUGCAGUUAGUGGGAUUAAGGGUGAACCUCACGAGAUGCUAGAUCCAUCGCCCUCAAAUUCUGAAAGUUUUAGCCAAGGAGAUCUUAGUACCCCACGUUACACCCCUGAUUUUGAUUCAGCCAAUCAACAGGUUUUAAUGUUUUCCCCUCCAAUGAAGGACCGCUCCUCCGAAUCGCCAUUAUCAUUACAGACUGAUAACCAGACUGCCUCAGAUCAUCAAGAUACGGGUGAACCAUUAGUGUUCAAAGAUAACAUGGACCACAGCACAGCCUCUGAUCUGGGGGCCGGUAGUACUGAUGCCCUUUACAGCAACUCCAAUGCCGGUUACCAGCAGUACAAGGACAUUCAAGUGUCGCGACAAUCGUCUUAUCACUCAGGGAUCGCCACUAGUUCAUAUAAUAACACCAUUUCUCAGGGUACCUCAGGAGAUGGCAGCAGUUUCAAUCAGGACAUGGCUCAGGAAAACGAUAAUAUGUGUGACUCCAAAUCUGAGGAGUGUACACCGAAAUCUGUUCUUGCCAACAAAUGCAGUAUUUGUGGAAAAACAUUUGAUUCACCUCGUCAGCUUCACAUACAUGAACAGCUGCACACAAAAUACAAACCAUAUGCAUGUCGUUUCUGUGGCCAACGUUUCCUCAAAGUAUCAAUGCGUAUUGCGCAUGAACGGCUUCAUAUCGGAGAGAAGCCAUACGUCUGUGCCAUUUGUGGCCUGACGUUCACACGCAAGUACAGUGUGCGGCUUCACAUGCGAAGGAGACAUACCGAUGGUCCAUGUCUUUGUCGAUAUUGUGGGAAGACGCUGUACACAUUGCAGACUCUGAAGAGCCAUCUGCUGUCACACAACCUGCCCAAGUCUGAGAAAGAGUCUCUGCACUACCUCGGGACAUCGGGAGGGGAGCGCAUUGGUGAUGCUAGUGGUGCCAAAGAAGACGAUGAAAAUGCAGUAGUACCAACAACUCCAGAGGACCAGCUUGCACAGUCCAACAAAGAUCUAGCUCUUGCUAUGGAGCUGGAGCUUGGAGGCAAUUCAAAAGAGAAGGAAUGGUGUAAGCUGUGUGAGAAAGAGUUUCCCAAAUCGUUCAUGAGAUAUCACGAAAAGCUCCAUGCUGAUCAGAAGCCCUAUGAAUGCCCUACGUGUAACAAGAGGUUUGGUUACAAGAAUAACAUGAAAUCUCAUAUGAAGCUCCAUGCUGGAAUAAAACCAUAUCAGUGUCAUGUGUGCGGGGCAAAGUUCACACGUGGUUCCACAUUGCGGCGCCAUGCUCGACGCCAUGGGAUAUUCACGGAAAGUGUGUGGGAUUUCUUUGUCCAGAAGGGUGCUUCCUCAGGAAAACAGAACAAUGUCUCAAAGCAGAAGGGACCAGUGGGCCCUCUGAAAGUGCAGACUCAAGGUCAAGGACAGUCUUCUCCAGAAAUAUCAAGUUCAAGGUCAACACAAGGUGAAACCGCAAGAGCAUCAGUAACACCAGACAAAUCAGUGAACUAUGAACGCGGAGCGUACUCUGGACCGCCCGCUCUGACUACGAGUACCAUGUACCCUGGCUAUGCAGCAGUAGCCACUUUACCCGAGAGUAUUUAUCACACAUAUCCAUCUACCUCACACUUCAAUGUUAACUAUUCCAAUUACACUGCUAGUCAAGAACCUCAGGCUGAUGCCCUCAACCUGAGCGUGACCAAGGACGCCAUGGAAGCUGCUGCUGCUGCUGCUGCUGCUGUUGCUGCUGCUGACAUAGCAGAAACCUCCGAGGAUGAAGCAGAAGGAAGUGAGAGCAAGAGCAACAUAUCGUCACACACUUGCACAUCGGGUGGUGCUAGUGUCGGGGUGCAGGUCAACCUCUGUGGCUGUACCGAUAAGACCUCACUCCUUGCAACUUUGCCAUUUGACAACCGACUUCUCAGUCCACUUAAUAUUGACGGGUCCGGGACGACAGCAACGAGUCCCUCGCUGAGUUCAGGGGGAGAAAACUUUAAUCAGGAAUCUGUAUCUACGCUGAUGAGUUCAGGGCGCCUGUUUCGGUGCAGUCACUGCGAUUGUUACUUUUCUGAGUAUGCCAUGUACCGUAUUCACCAGAAGCUGCACGCACGGGAUGCCAACCGACCCUUCCUGUGUCCUGUGUGUUUCGAGGACUGUCAUGACAAGAUGUACUACGCGUUGCAUCUUUACGAACACCUACGCAUGUGACCCACCUCAACAGACAAGCACCUUCUCAAACUUACCUCAUUUUAGCAUUAUCAUCAUUAUUAUUAUUGUUGUUGCUUUUAAGGUAUUUGCCUGUCUCAGGAUAGACAGCUUUCAACUUGUUGAAUUUAUGGUCAUAAUGCAUUAUUCAAUGAUUGAUUUAUGGAUCUAAGUUGUUGAUGUCUGCUUGUGUAAGCUCUCUUGAUAGGCACCUGUAUUUCAAUCAGUAAUGAUUUUCUCCAUAAUAGGCCUGAAAUCUACCUGUAGUAUCUUUCCAAACCAAUUGAUGUAUGUUGUUAGCAUCAUUCUGUCUCAUGAGACCAAUAUCCCUUUUUCAGAUAAUUCCAAUGUGAAAGAAAAUUGUUGAAAGUUGUGACUUCAUGUUUUCUCCUAAAAAGAUCUGUUUUACUAAAUGUAUAUUAGUGCUUGCAUUUGGGGUAGAUAUACUACAUUUAUGAAAGUUAAACUUAUUCCUGUGAUAGAUUGAUCUUUGAUAGCUCAAAGUGGCCUUUGUUGAGAGAUAUGUGUAAAACACACAUUGUUUAAAGACAGUGAUGUACUGCUGUAAAUACGUGAAAAAUUGUAGAAUGUAUGUGUUUGUUACGGGUCAAUGCUGGUAACCACGGAAACACCAGAUUUCAUGGUUCCUUAUAUGUCUUAAUAGACUAGUGCAUUACAAGCUCUGUUUUAGGGUGAGUAUAUUACAAUGAAAUGUGUCAGGGACAUAGUGACUGAAGUCUAGUGAUGUGUACAGUCCUCCCUUGUGCCUUAGAGAGGGAAAUAGUUGUUCUUGUGUACCACUAUGGUAGUGAAUGUCCCAUAGUGGGGAAACGGACAUCGCCAUACGCUGUGCCCCUAUCAUGGUAGUGGGUGUUUAAACAUAUGAAGAAGACAUCAUGACCAUAUGCUGUGCCCCUACCAUGGUAGUCGAUGUUAAGGAAUGCGAAACAGACAUCACUUCCGUACGUUGUACCCCUUAUAUGAUAGUGGAUUUUUAUCAGUGUGAAGCAACAUCUUAACCAUAUGGUAGUGUCUUUGAAACUAUUUAGUUUUUUAUCCAAGUUCAAAUCAGUAUCUUUUGUCUCGAAUUGUAUCAUUAAAGAAACAAAACAAAACAGAUAAAGUAAUAUUUCUUGCAAACAAAAAUUAAUCAUCACAACUCCAAUAUGUCUGCUUGUUAGAAAGGCCACAAGUAGGGAACAAGUCUGCUGUCAUGACGGGUGCAACCAUGUUGGUUUGGGGGACAUUGUGUUGUGGUACAUGCUGCCGCCAUGAUGCCCUGUCCAAUCUGUCAUGGAGAAGGAUGUUUGUACAGUGGGACCCCAUUUAUCUGGACAUGGUGAAUAAGAAUCUGUAUAUUGGUAGGCUGACUUUCUAUUAGCAGUUACUCAUUAUCUCUAGAUUAAUGGACACAAAUUAAUCAGUUCUCAUGCUACCUGAACAAAAAACAUUUCAUUAAUCUAAACCCCAAAACAUCAUCACUUUUAAUCAAUGGCCUUCUUUGCUAACCAGUUUUAUGCACCUUUAGCCCUUUGGUCAUUGACAACAAGGGAAUUAUGGAUGUAAAGAGCAGUUGUGAGUCGAAACAUUUUGAUCUUUCAAUGGAUAUUGUCCAGAUAAGUUGGUUCUCACUGUAUGCUUAUGUAAUUCCUUAAUAUCUGGACAUGAUGGCAAAGGUUUCCCCCCUGUCUUACACUCAUACCUCAUACUUUGUGUUUACUGCGUUAAACACUGUUGUCUUUUGAUUGUUAUGUUCUGGUUGAGCAUAUUCGUGCACACAGUCCAGUGUCCUCUACCUGUGUGUGGAAGGCCUGUUGAAUGUUAGGGUUGGAGGGUUAUUUGUUCAAGGAUUAGGUUGGGAUGACUUGUUCAAGGGUUAGGUUGGGAUGACUUGUUCAAGGGUUAGGUUGGUGAUGACUCGUUCAAGGAUUAGGUUGGGAUGACUCGUUCAAGGAUUAGGUUGGGAUGACUCGUUCAAGGUUUAGGUUGGGAUGACUUGUUCAAGGUUUAGGUUGGGAUGACUUGUUCAAGGUUUAGGUUGGGAUGAAGUGUUCAAGGGUUAGGUUGAAGGGGACCGGUGGGAGGGUUAGGUUGGUGAUGACUCGUUCAAGGAUUAGGUUGGGAUUACUCGUUCAAGGAUUAGGUUGGAAUGACUUGUUCAAGGAUUAGGUUGGGAUGACUCGUUCAAGGAUUAGGUUGGGAUGACUUGUUCAAGGGUUAGGUUGAAGGGGACCGGUGGGAGGGUUAGGUUGGUGAUGACUCGUUCAAGGAUUAGGUUGGGAUGACUCGUUCAAGGGCUAGGUUUAAGGGGACCGGUUGCAGGGUUAGGUUGGUAUGACUUGUUCAAGAUUAGGUUUAAGGGAACCGGUUGAAGGAUAAGGUUGGGAUGACUUGUUCAAGGGCUAGGUUUAAGGGGACCGGUUGAAGGGUUAGGUUGGGAUGACUUGUUCAAGGAUUAGGUUGGGAUGACUUGUUCAAGGAUUAGGUUGGGAUGACUCGUUCAAGGAUUAGGUUUGGAUGACUCAUUCAAGGAUUAGGUUGAGAUGACUCGUUCAAGGGUUAGGUUGGGAAGACUUGUUCAAGGAUUAGGUUUAAGGGGAUGGGUUAGAGGGUUAGGGUGGGAUGAAGUGUUCAAGGGUUAGGUUUAAGGGUUUAGGUUGAAGGGUUAGGUUGGGGCAGGCCAGAUUGGGGAUGGCCCAUUGAAGGGUUAGAUUUCAGUGUCAGGUUUGUGUUUGGAAGGCCUAUGUUGAUGGCCUGGUGAAAGGGUCGGAGUGGAAUAGGCCUGUUUUUGGGUGAGGGUUGAGGGGACCUGUUCUAAGGGGCCGUUGACAGGUGGAAGGGGAGAGUGGGGCUCGAGGUUGGGAAUACAGGCUGACUGAGAGAACUGUCACAUCGUCUACCUCAUGUUUUGGCAGAAGGCACUGGACAGCACUGGCUCUGAUUAUUUCAGUAUACCUCAAUAUAUCACUGUAUGUAAUUGUCCUCAUUUACCACAGAUGGUGAGACUCCUUUAUUUGUCCUAUAUUGUAUGUAUUAGAUGUAUGACUUGCAUUUUAUGUUAAUCUCAGUUAUUGUAUUGUUAUUGCCUUGACCACUAUAUGUAGGCUGGUGCAAGACCUACACUAUGUAGUAGUUUUAGGUAAGGGAUGAACUCCUCAGGAAAACUGUCCUUUCUCUACACUCUAUAGCUUCACCCAAACUUGAAUAUUAUCUCCAGCAUUGAGUCCACAUGACGGUUUGUACAUUCGACACACGUAUCAAAGGAGAAAUCAAAGCCAUUCAUGAAAUUCUGAUGUUUAGUUUCACAGUUUGUAACAGUUCGAUCUACGAAUGACAUUGGAAACUGUUUGGGCAUUAUGAACUGAGACAGGAUUUCUGUAGAAUCCCAACUUUGUUUACCUCCAACUCUGUUGCUAAAUCAGUUGUACUUCACAUUCAGGGUAUUGAAUCCCAGGCAGCUAUUGUAGGAAUUACAUACCGGUAGCCACUGACAUGCUCCACUAUAUAGGUACUGAAUGUUGGCUCCACAGUUAUCACACACACAAGUUCACUAAGCUCCAGUUAUCACACACACUAAUUCACCCAGCUUCAGUUAUCACACACACUAGUUCACCAAGCUUCAGUUAUCACACAGACACUAGUUCAUCCAGCUCCAGUUAUCACACACACUAACCCACCCAGCUUCAGUUAUCACACAGACACUAGUUCAUCCAGCUCCAGUUAUCACACACACUAGUUCACCCAGCUCCAGUUAUCACACAGACAGUAGUUCAUCCAGCUCCAGUUAUCACACACACUAGUUCACCAAGCUUCAGUUAUCACACAGACACUAGUUCAUCCAGCUCCAGUUAUCACACAGAUGCUCCACUCCUGUGACAGUCACACACAUUGGCUCCACAUUUAUCACAUGGGCAGAUGUAGCCUUCAAGAAACUCAAACCCUUCACUUCAUUUGACUUCUCAGGAAAGUUCUUGUGGCUCAACAAGCUGUUAAGUAUUUGACUCCUCAGGAACUCCAAGAAUACAGCUCACAUUUCACUCAUCACCUUCCACAGUUCACAGGAUUCAUUCAACAUCUGCCAGGAAAACACAACCUUUUGUUCAUUACACAAUAAAAAUUUGAUUUGUUAUUGGAUCCACAGCACCACUGGUUCUAUACAAGGACACAAAGACAUUGAUCAUCAUGACGAAAGAAAACCAAUUAAACGACUCUGCUGGUGCCACAGAAUCCUCAUAAGGACACAGCCACACACACAGCCACACCCACAUCGACCCACACCCACAUCGACCCACACCCACAGCCACACCCAAUGCUGAACCACAACGAGGCACAUGAGUACUCCACUUGUUCCAAAACACAUUCAUAAUACAGGCUUCAUAGAAUCACAAUACACACACACAAUACAACUACAAGAACUGACAUUGCAGAAGAUUCACCUUGCCUUACCCACCAGCAUUACUGUAUACUCUACAGCUUCAAACAGGUCCGAGCACUGAUCAAAUCAACUGAAGGCUUCACAAGCUAAUCACAAUGAGCAUUCUAGUCUAAAUGUUAGUCUAAACUAGACCAGAAGAACAUGGCACUUAGUAAGGAGUAAUGUUUGGGUGAGACUGCUGUUUGACUUGAUGUAGAGAUCUGACAGAAGGAACAUUUGACAUCCUCAGGAGGGGCCAGUAUAUCCUAUAUUUGAUGUAUGUAUGUGUAUUAUAUAGCUAUAUUAUUACACCUAGUGUAAGAGAGUUUAUAUAUCAUAGAUUAUUACUGCCUACACAAACACUGUAUAUACUAUGGUGGUGUUACUUGUUAGUGUUUUGACAGGACCAGAUGCUGAAUGAAGAAGGGAAUGAACUACACAAAACUCAGGUCUGCAUUUUACUCUGUAAUAAUUGUCACUGUAGUUACAUAGCUCAUCGUUGUUUGCUAGCCAGACAUAGCUCCUGGGCGACGUUGCCAUCACCGUUGUCAUCAUUGCCACUGAGGUCUUCUUGGUUGAUGUGAGAGUAGGGUGGUACACAGCUUACACUUACUCUCAGUUGGACAAUCAAGGCAAAUGUUGGACUUGAGAAUGAAUGCAUUGUGUUGGAGUAUUGUCAAAAUGGCUGGAGUACUGGUUGGAUGGAUAUCAAGUCAGUUGAACUUUUGACAUCAGUUGUGCACCAGUUGCAAGUUAGUGCUGCAUUGUUAAGUGGUGUGACUACUCAAGCCAAUGUCAAACAUGGAUAAUUUGUUGUUAUUGUUAAAUAUAAUUACAGAUUGCAGGUAUUACAUUGUAUACAGUUUUAAAAGGGUACUUGUCUGCCAACUUGCUCUGUCCAUUUGCUUUUUGACAAAAUAACAGUGAAGCUUGCUUGACUUCAUUGACUGACUAGCGUGUGUUAGUAAAAGAGUUCUCUCUGAAUUUCAGAGACAAGUUCCCUUUUAGCAUUGUAGGAAGGUAGGUCAUGAUGACACAAAAUCAUUAUUAUCUAGCCUCAUGUGUAUAAUGUGUAAUUCAGGUCCAAGUAAUUGGUAUAUUUUUUUGUACACGAUUAAACUUUAGACCUCAGAUUUUUUACAUUGAAUUUUUUGUUAAAGAUAUUUUAUUGUUGUAUAAGUUCUGCUAAGUUUGUUAUGCUGAGUGGAUGAAGUAAACAAGCUUGCUGUGAUCCACAGCAUUACUGUAAAGAUGUUAUGAUAUUUCAUGAAACAUUUAUACAAGUGAUGAUUCAUCUUUGUUGAAAAAAAAAUGACGAUGUGAUUGUGUGUGGUAAAGUAUCUGGUGCACAUGACUAUGUAAAGGGAGCUAACUCUGUCCUAGCGCUCACAUUGCAAUUCUGUGAAGAGUUGUCUAACUUGACAAAAUACCCUUGUUUCAAAUCAUAAAUUUGAUGUUGCCAUGCAGUUGUAGUUUUUUAACUGGUGAUGGACAUUAUUGGGGAACAUUUUAUUAACAAAAAUCAAAUAAAAGGGUAUUUCGUGAAGCAAAACAUGAAACUUGUGUUGUUCUGGGAGCAGUGGCUUGUAGCGUACUCAUUGUAGAAUCAUCUCCUUUCUACCAAAGAAAGAUUCAUUGUUCAUAGGGUCAUCUCACUGCAGUGUGUUGCCUACUGGUUCUUAUAUGAAUAAUGAACAGACUUUAACCUACCUCAUUUCACUGGAUUUUAUAUUUAAUUUUUGUGUACAAAGUUGUUUUAUCCUGGCUGUAUAUUAAAAGAGGCACAUAGCUCUCUAUCAUAUAUAUAUCCUAGACUUAGAACCAGCUAUUCCUGUUUGUUAUGUAUUGGAAAAUUGAGACAAAUUGUUGCACAUAUCUCAGUCCUCAUGUGCAACACUAUACAUCAGCUCUCACAUUGUGUCACACGAUUAUCAGUAGAAAUGCUGUAUUUUUGAUAUUACCACCAAACAGAGCAGCAUUGUAAGCAGGCAGAUAUUUGUCGUUGUUAACUACCGAUUUUCCUACAAGUAACAGUUUCUCACAGUAGAGACAUUUGCAGUCACUGGAGGCCAUCUUGUAACAGCAUUCUUUACAGUUGGGCAAGUCAGUAUGAUCCCAUGAUCGGGCUAGAUGGGUUAGGUGGAUUCAUGAAUGUGGAUAGUAUAUUGCACUGAGGAAGGAAAUGCGAAUUCCAAUGAAAUUGCGUAAAUGUUGACAUGAUCAGGGACAAGAAGAUAAUGUAUUGUCCAAUCUUUUUUUUUUCAAUAUUUGUUUGAUCUAUUGUCCAUCUACUAAAUCUCUUUUUUAUCUUUAGUUUGCAUAAAAAUUGAUAUCUUCUAAUCAGAAAUACUGAUGAUAGUGAUCCUAAAUAUUUGAAUAAAAUGAGGGUGAGAAAGUGGGAGAGAUUAUUGAUGUCAAUCUCUUAUCUGUCUGCCCUAAAUGUAGGUUAAAUGGGAUUCUUAUUCUUAUUUCAAGCCACUACUUGUUACCUGUCUUCUUUAAACUUAAAGACCUUCUUGAAGACAAGAAAAAAUAUUGUUUUUGUCAACAGGCAUUAUCAAAACAAAUACUUAUAUAUAAAGCGUAUUAAUUUGGAUGUGUAUUUAUUUUUUAUUUUUUCGUAAAUUAACUUCAAUCUCUCCUGAUGAAUUUUUAUUAGUCUUUCAUUUUGCCUGGCAUAUAAUUCCAAAAAAAUCAAAAAGAAAUCAAAAACUGGUCUCGCUGAAAGUAUUACCUCAUGAAGUGUACUUGAAUUAUUUAGGAUCAACAAUUUUCUAAUAAUCAUUGUCACGCUUUUACCUCAAAUCUAAAAUUGAAGGUUCUGGAGUUCAAAAUAAGUUAAUCAAAGAAUUACAAUAAAUAUGACUUCCUCUUUCCCUACUUCAUUGUAAGGAUCAGAUUCACACCAAUAAAAACGCUUGUGUUAAGGAAAAGGAAGAAAAUAUUAUUGCUGUAGACUGAAAUCUGUCAGCCAUGAAGCUUUGUUGAGAUCGUGAUUAAUUUAAUUCUUUCAGAUUACCUUUUGAAUAUUUAAUUUCAGCAUCAAAUUUUGUCUGAUUUUUAUUCACUUGAAUGACUGUUGUUUAAUUAAGCUCCUAGACAGCAGUCAAUAACAUGUUUCUGAAAAAAGCCAACAUGUGUCACAGGGAUACCAGCUUCAGUAGAUUCACAAGAUGACACGACUUUAUAUGGCAUCUUACACUGAGUUGUGGGAGUUCUGAUGCUGAGAACCUACAGGGAACCGUUCACAACUGGUACUCUAAAACAAAACACAUUAUUGGAUUUGUCAUCUCCUAUUAGUAUUGUUUUCUCUUGGACAAGAUGAAUUGUUGCAGAUUUGUGUGAACUGUCUCUAAGAAUGCUGCCAGAAUUUGGUCCCAUGUGAAACUGCUAGUAGUACUCUCCCUGGCAUUCCUGUUGUCUGCAUGAGGCUGUCUGUUUGACCGUCCGUCUGCUUCGUGUACGCUCCUGGCCUUAUUCACCAGAAUGACUAUCUCAAACAACACCAGCCAUUAAGAAUUCCAUUUUGUUUUUAGUAGACUGCUCAGGACUACCAUUAGUCUGAUAUAAGACAUCUCUUCAUUUCUGCCAAUGUGAUUCCCAUUGUAGAAUCUUUUUCAAUGACAGGGGCAGAUAACUCCAAAUGCAUUUCAUUAGCUUGGCCCUAUAUUGUUAUGGUAGGUGAUCCUUUGCAUUGUCUCUGUCGUGGUUACCCAAAAUUAUUUUUAUGAAAACCAUUCAGAUUUGUCAUUAGUUUGAGUAGUAUACUUUAUGAGAAACCUGAUGCUUAUACUUCAUUCAACCAUGUGUACUGUCAUUGUUCAGUCCAUGGUGUAAGGAAAUCGACAGUGCUGCCAUAGUGUAAAACUAGCAUGUUGUCCUGCAUUUGGACAGUGCGUCCUGUAGUGUUUGAUGAUUGGUGUUGUGUUGUAGACGGCCGUGAUCAGACAGACGGCACUCUCUUGUUAUUGGUUCAUGUUGUUAUACCACCCAGCAUGGCGGUGGGGACUGAGGACGCAGGACUAGCAGUGCUGGCAGAGGGGUAGUGCAGGUCAAGGUCAUCUCCUUGUGCGGCCCUGACUGACUGACUGACUGACUGACUGUCCGUUAUGUUAUCACAUUAUACACCCUUGCAUCCAGUAUGGAAGUAGUGGCGAGCACUUGAUGCAAAAUCAUGCAAACAGGCAUUCAGGAAUUUCAAUUUUAUAUUCCAGUCUUGUCAGCAGUUUUUGUUUAUAUUGUAGUAAAAUUCUAAGCAUCAGUUCUAUAUAAAUUUGUUUAACACAAACAUUUGUUAUUACCAUUUGCUUUUUUUUGGUGGUAAUACACAGGCAAUUAAUAUGGGUAAUAUUCUUUGGGUAUUGAACCAUAUUUAGCAUACUGGUACUAUCCCACCAAAACCUCUUUUAAAAACAAAAACAUGGACAUUAAUUCUUCACCUUUCAUGAUUACUAGCGACAUUCCUGAUUUUUAAAAUUAUGCAUUGUUAAGAACUUAUGCUUUGCAAAUAAUUUCCAUCCCCAAUGUUGCACCUCUUUCACUUUGUCCAUUAUGUGCUCAAUGGCUGCUUUCCUACUGCCACCUUGAUGGUCACAUCCCAGCCGUUACUUAAGGUCAGUGAUCUGCCAACACUGCCAGACUGCUCACAUUCAAACAUAUAUUCUGAGUUUAUUUUUGUAGCACAAAAUGAUGUUAUGUCUGAUACCUAAGGCAAUAUAUAGAUGUUUAAUGUUAGACAGAUUGCAUAGCCAGGAAGGGUAUUUUCCAGAACAGUAUUUUGUCAAAUUUUAUAAAAUAAAAACUAUAUAUUGUCAAAUAUGAAA